CGGCUGAUUGGUAGGAGAUAUAGUGAUCCUUUGGUUCAAAGCGAUAUCAACCUCUGGCCAUUCAAGGUCAUUGAAGGCCCUAGUGAUAAGCCUAUGAUUGUGGUCAAUUAUAAGGGUGAAGAGAAGCACUUUGCUGCCGAGGAAAUCUCAUCAAUGGUCCUAAAAAAGAUGCGUGAGAUAGCUGAAGCCUACCUGGGCACAACUGUGAAGAAUGUGGUUGUUACUGUCCCCGCCAACUUCAAUGACUCCCAGCGUAAGGCUACAAAGGACGCUGGAGGCAUUGCAGGCCUGAAUGUCCUGCGUAUAAUUAAUGAACCGACUGCUGCAGCCAUUGCUUACGGUCUGGACAAGAUUGCAGAUAGCAUUGGCAAGAGAAAUGUGUUGAUUUUUGAUUUGGGUGGUGGUACUGCUGAUGUCUCACUACUUACCAUUGAGAAAGGUGUCUUUGAAGUGAAGGCCGUUGCUGGAGACACUCACCUUGGAGGUGAGGACUUUGAUAACAGAAUGGUAAAGCACUUUGUUGAAGUAUUUAGGAGGCAACACAAGGUGGACAUUAGUGUAAACUCCAAAGCUCUUAGGAGGUUGAGAACUGCUUGUGAGAAAGCAAAGAGGAUUCUUUCUUCUGCAAUUGAGACUGACAUUGAAGUCGAUUCUUUAUAUAAUGGUAUAGAUUUCUUUUCAACUAUUACUCGUGCCAAAUUUGCGGUACUCAACAUGGAUUUGUUCAGGAAGUCUAUUGAUAUUGUGGAGAAGUGCUUGACUGAUGCUAACAUGAAUAAGAGUUGUGUCCAUGAUGUCGUUGUUACGGGUGGUUCUUCCAGAAUUCCUAAGGUGCAGCAGUUGUUGCAAGACUUCUUCGAUGGGAAGGAGCUUUGUAAGAGCAUUAAUCCAGAUGAGGCUGUGGCUUAUGGAGCCCCUGUUCAAGCUUCUAUCUUGACCGGUAUGGGUAAUGAGAAACUUGCAGACGUCAUUCUCUUGGAUGUCACCCCUUUGUCCCUUGGUAUAAAGAUUAAUACAAUAGAUAUGUCUGUUUUGCUUCCAAGGAAUUCUGCCAUUCCCACCAAAAGGGAGAGCAACUACACCACUAAAUAUGACAACCAAACUUCUAUGGCCAUCUCUGUGUACGAGGGUGAGAGAGCAAGAACUACGGAUAACAACUUGUUGGGGGGAUUUAUGCUUCAUGGUAUUCCUCCAGCACCCAGGGGUGUUGCUACAGUAAAAGUUUGCUUUGAUAUUGAUGCCAAUGGUAUCUUGAAUGUGUCUGCUGAGGAGAUCUCCACUGGUGUGAUGAGGAAGAUCACUAUCACUAAUGAUAAGGCAAGACUACCCAGUGAAGAGGUUGACAGGAUGGUCCAGGAUGCAGAGACGUACAAGGCUGAAGAUGAUGAACACAGGAAGAAGGUCAAGGCUAAGGAAGCUUUGGAGAACUAUGCCUAUGACAUGAGGAAUACUAUCAAUAAUGAGAAGAUUGGUUCCAAGCUUGCCCCUGCAGCUAAGGAAAAUAUUCAAGAUGCUAUUGAAGAGGCGAUUCAAUGGUUAGAUGACCUCCAGCUCGUGGAUUCAGAAUUGUAUCACGACAAGCUAAAAUGGCUCGAGAACAUUUGCAAUCCCAUCACGAAUUAUGGAAAGUAAUAAUAAUUUUGAUGAUGGUUAUGGAGUCCGUUGUUGCAACCUAUUAUUUCAAUUAUGGAUGUAAUUGUUCAAACUUC